UCCCAUGGGCAACCAUUCUUUGCACUAUUUAAUCUAAAGGUGUGUCUACAUUGUACCUACUUAUAUCAUUUUAACGUUCAUUUUUUACCACCAAAUAAUCAAAAUAAUGUACAGAACGAAGUUAAAUAAUGUUACUAUAUGGGCUCUAUGGUACUAGAAUAUAUACAACCUUACUAUUCUAGAUCUAUUAUAAUGACACUAUAAUUGACACUAUAAUAGUUACUAUGAGUAUCUCAAAAAACUUGAUACCUCACUCGCUUUGAGGUCGUCAGCAUAAAAACCCUUCGCGCUCUGCUUUGCAUGUCUAUUUAAAACUUAACAUUUCUUAUCAUGAUAUAGACACAGGAAAGCUGGUAAUACACCCUUCCUGCCAUGUCACGUAUGCUAUAUCUAUGUUUAUCAUCAUUAAACUAGCGUGUGAAAGCCGGGUGUUUUGGGGUUGAAUUUUUCAUGGGGCGGUCAGUCGGACUGCUGCCUAAAGCUAUAAGUAUAGGGCGGCGCUACGCGCGCGGGCAGUGCGCGAGCGGCCGUGUUGAAUACCGGCUGGCACCACCGCUUUUCAACUACCUAAUGGAUAUAUAAGUGCACUGAACCUAACCUUCAAUUGUGUUUUUUUUCUAUUGUUGAAUCAAAUCCAUUAUGCCAGUGUUGUACGAGAGAUGCGCUCAACCGCAUUUGCAGAAGCGGUCGACUAAAAGCGUUGGGCGUUUAUAAAAUUAGCAGUUUAAGGAGUAAACCUAAAUAAUAUACCAGCUUAGUAAAAAAAUGCCAAAUAAAUCUCAAUAAAGAACAAUGUGCUGCUCGUGGCUGAGAUUCCGACGGCGCGUGGCGUCCGUAUCGGCAGAGAGCGAUGGCCCGAAGGAGGCUUUCGUCGACUCGCCCAAGCACUCGACAGAGCCCGCGACGGAGCAACACAGCCCGCAACGCGCAACACCAUCAUCGCGGGCGACGCGCAACAACCAGGUGCGCAUGUCCAAUGCGCCCGGCUACACGAACGGACACGGCGGCGACACGACGGGGCGGCGGGGGGCGGAGAACGUGCCGCCCCCCGCGCAGCCGCCUGCGCCGGUGCCUAAUUCAUCCAGAGUCACGCAACAGCAGGCAUCAAUGUCAAGCAACUCGCGCUCCGGCAGCGUCGCCUCUGUGGUGCCGGCUUUACCUGCCAACUUAACUUCCCGCAAGAAUAACAAAGAGCAGUUCAACGCAUCAAACACGGCGAGUGGCCUAACUCGUGGCAACACGGGUGCCGGUGCGGCGUCCAGCACCGUGAACGUGCCACACGCCGUCGCCAGCGGCGCCGUCCGACGGUCCAAUGUUGUCAAGGAGGUCGAGCGGCUCAAGGAGAACCGCGAGAAGCGGCGUCAGCGGCAGGCUGAGCUUAAGGAGGAGAAGGAAGCCCUAAUGAACAUGGACCCCGGUAACCCCAACUGGGAGUUCCUGGCGAUGAUCCGCGAAUACCAGCAGAGCAUCGAGUUCAGGCCGCUCACCGGCAACGAGCCAGUCGAAGACCACCAGAUCACCGUGUGCGUGCGAAAGCGGCCACUCAACAAGAAGGAGCUUGCGAAGAAAGAGGUGGACGUGAUCAGUGUUCCCACGCGCGACCAAAUGAUCGUCCACGAGCCCAAGAACAAGGUGGACCUCACGAAGUACCUCGAGAACCAGAAGUUCCGCUUCGACUACGCGUUCGACGACAACUGCACCAACGAGAUCGUCUACAAAUACACGGCAAAGCCGUUAGUACAUACGAUAUUCGAGGGCGGUAUGGCGACGUGUUUUGCCUACGGACAGACUGGCUCUGGAAAAACACACACCAUGGGUGGAGAUUUCCAGGGCAAGACACAGGACUGCAAAAAGGGUAUCUACGCGAUGGCGGCGCGCGACGUGUUCGCGUACCUCAAGUCGCCCAAGUACAAGCCCCUCAACCUCAUCGUGUCCGCCUCCUUCUUCGAGAUCUACUCUGGCAAGGUUUUCGACUUGCUAGCGGAUAAGGCGAAAUUGCGAGUACUGGAAGAUGGCAAACAGCAAGUUCAGAUCGUUGGACUCACAGAGAAGGUGGUGGACAACGUAGACGAAGUGCUCAGGCUUAUCCAGCACGGGAACGCCGCCAGGACCUCUGGACAGACGUCGGCGAACUCGAACUCGUCGCGGUCCCACGCGGUGUUCCAGAUCGUGGUGCGGUCGCCGGGCAUGCACCGCGUGCACGGCAAGUUCUCGCUCAUCGACCUCGCCGGCAACGAGCGCGGCGCCGACACCUCCUCCGCCAACCGACAGACCAGAAUGGAAGGCGCCGAGAUUAACAAAUCCCUACUCGCUCUCAAAGAGUGCAUUAGGGCACUAGGCAUGAAAGGCAACCACUUACCGUUCCGAGCGUCGAAGCUGACGCAAGUGCUGCGAGACAGCUUCAUCGGCGACAAGUCGCGCACCUGCAUGAUCGCCAUGGUGUCGCCCGCGCUCAACUCUUGCGAACACUCCUUGAAUACGCUACGAUAUGCUGACAGAGUGAAGGAGCUGGGCACGUCGGACGCGUCGCGGCAGCGCGCGGAGUCGCCGGCCGCCGACGUGGAGAUGGAGCCCGAGCACGACGACCUCGCGCAGCUGCGCUCGCUCAACGAGGGCGACAUGUCCGCCGAGAUGUACACGUUCCACGAGGCCAUCUCCGAGCUGCAGCGCGCCGAGGAGGAGGUGCUGGACAACCACAAGGCCGUCUCCGACUACAUGCAGCACGCGCAGCAGCGCGCCGCGCAGCUGCUGCAGCUCACCAGGGCCGUCGACUACGACCAAGAUGAGCGCUCGUACUUGGCCCGCAAGCGGCUGCGGCCCACCAGUGCGGGCUCGAGUCUCGGCCUUGGCGCGCGAACCCGACGGGUGAAGCUAGCGUACGCAACGCAAUGGGAGGAGCUGCUGAACGAGCAGCUGGCCGUGCUGGCGCAGUCGCGCGACCUGGUGGCCGAGUUCCGCGCCAAGAUGCAGCAGGAGGAGCACAUCAGCCGCCGCAUGCAGCCGCCGCGCCACUAGCCUCACUCACGUGUAUACUCGGCGUCUUCAGGGAAGCUGUACCGUUCCGUACCUUGUUACAGUGGCAAUAACAUAAAACUUUUAGUGAAUAAAAACGGCAUCGGGACCGAGAAAUCCCGGUUCUCGCCAUACUAAAUCACUAUCGGGAGCAUUCCUACUUAGUGGCUUUAGUGUUGAUUAUCACUGGUAAGGUAUGAAAUGGUACAUAAAUCAAAUUCCUUGACUAGGUCGUCGAAAUAUCCUUUGAGUUCAAACUCUUGGGACUUUCGACAACUUGUGUGUUCUGGCACGGAGUCGCGGCGUCGGCGAUCAGAUCGCAUCGAGUUAGUUGUAACGGCAAAAAUUAACUGACUGGAACUUGUCUUUGCAAUAAAGUUUAGAAAUUCUUUGUUAACAAUGUGGGUAAUGUUACUAUCAUUGGUGCAGUUAAUUGUAAACGUUAGGGGUCAUCCAUUAAUUACAUCACACGAAUUUCUAGGUGUUUUAACCCCCCCAACCCCCCCCCCCCCCCCCUUGUCAAACUUAGUCACGUUUGGCAAAUUUCUCCCCCCCGAUGUGACGUCACAUUUUUGGCAAUUUUGUUCAACAAAAUCGGCAAAAUUGACAAAGGAAAUAUUAGUAGGUAAUUAUAACACAAAACCGAUUAGGAAAGAAAAUAAUCGCAUAAAACGAUUAUAACUUGAUUACGUUCGCCAUUUCACUAUCUGAAGGUUGUCUGGAAGAGAUCGCUAUUUAGCGAUAAGUCCGCCUACAUAUUUAUACCUUUACAUAAUUUGUACCAUUUUUUUGUAGUGUGCUAUAAACCUUUUUUUAUUACUAUUAUUAUAUGUAGUUCCAAACACUUAACUCUACAGCGAAUAAAAUAAUGAAAUAAAUACUGAUGAAGUUAAAGUGACGUCACAAAGUUUGUGACUCAGGAGACUCCCCCUUAUCACAACAUGUCACAUUUUCUUGAAUCUCCCCCUAAACGUGUGAUGUAAUUAAUGGAUGACCCCUUAUUGUAAAAAACUAUGGUCGGUUAAAUGUUGAUGUUAGUAAUUCGGACGCGUUUUCGAUAUCUAGAGCAUCAUUGGAAAUUAUUUGCGUGAGAUAUUACAUUAGUCUUUGAAUUCUUAACAUUAAUAUUUUUAUAUGAAUAAUGAUACGAGUUCUCUGAUAAAACGUUAGAAAUAGGUACUACCCUAAAGCUAGGCAUAUUCGGGUUGUUAGGACUGAUCGAGACAAGCAUAACUGACAGCUUUUUCGUUUGAGUUUAAUUGUCUUUUAGUUUCAUUUUCUAUGCGUUAAAUUGAAAUUUUUAAGUAUUUUUUUAAUUUUAGUAUUAUUACCAUGCAUAUGAAUUAUUGACUGCAUUCUAUUUUUGUAUUCUACUAUACUAUAAUAUAACACAAUAAACAUUCUUAUAUUAAUCAGCAUUAAUUUAUUAAAAUACUUGGCAUUAAAUACAAUAAAUUCCAGACAACUUUACGGAGCUUCAUAAAGCUAGCUCAGCUUUCAAAACCUAUUAGGAUUCCAUAUUCACAAACACUGUCAUCGAACCUCGUCGACAUUAACCUCUUGCACUUUAUCGCAGACUCGAUAUCAACAUGGCAAUCAGAAUUCAAUCCUAAUUCUAAAACCUCAAGGGUGGUUUUUGGCUAACAAACUUUGAACGAAACGCAGCUGGUCAGAUCAUGCGAACUAACCGUAUGGCGUCUCCCAGUAUAUAAGUUAUAAAUGUCUCGGAUCUCACCCGCGCCUGCGCCGGCGCCGCGGACAACUGUUUCAUUGUGUACAAAUAUCUGUACUCGUCGGACGGUACUAGAACUUUCUAUGAGCAGUUUGGCAGCUUGCUUAUUUUUUAUCUUGUUUUUUUUUUCAUCUAAUUUCUUAUGUGUGUGUGUUUUAUGUGAAUUUUCGAAAUAAUUUAAACUGGCUUUAAUUUGUGUAAAUUUCGUAAACUGAGAGUUUAGCUGUCAAAUUGAUUCUCGGGUGUUCAGUUAUCGUCCCUUCUGAUCUUUCGUUAGUAGCUGGCCUGUUAAACUAUCUUCCAUUUAAUUUCUGAAUGUCGAGUUACAGGAAUCUUCCUAGAAUGAGUUUCAAAAUCGAAUCUUCGUCAAUUAUUCUCUCCUUUACAUCCGCACUUAGUGUGAGUGGGAGAGUUUGAGUAGAUCCGAAUUUGGCGUUAGCAUAUCUAUUGCUUAUUUUCUAAACCUCGUAUAAACAGCGCCGUCGAAAUAUAAACCCUAUUUCAAUUGCAGUAAAGUUGGUUUUACAAAGCUUUAGAAGAUAAGCGGUAGUAUGCAAGUUAGUGUACAAUGACAUUGUCGUAACGGAUGCCGUCGCGUUGAAAUGAUAGACUGUUUACUGUAAGUGUUUUAAGCACAAACCGGCGAACAUCACGAACGCGCUGUGUAUAUAAUGAUAUCGACUAAAGACUCGCGGUUUACCCCCUUAUUCAUAAAGGUGUACUUAAGUUACGAUGCCGCUAAUCAUCGUUUGUCCCUUUCUGACACAUUGGUAUGAUGGAAAGGGACAAACGAUGAUUAGCGGCAUCGUAACUUUAAUACACGUUUAUGCAUAAGGGGGUUAGUGUAUACUGUAUAGAGUUAUCUGCAAAACCUGCUAAGUCCUCAUCUCAUUUAAUCGCGGUUUUUGUAGAUUUAAAUUCACUAGGUUUGGAGUCUAGGUGUCUAUUCCGAAAUGUGAAUAUAGUUAUUGUCUCUUUUCUUGGAGAGUGAAUAAAAACAUUGUUCUAGUUUCGGAGUAGAUUCCAUGGUGCGUUCAUGGAAAAUAUUUCCUCUUAACAUAAGUGACUUACUCAUUGCAUUUAACUCAUCUUAUGGCCUAUCUCUAGAGUCGUAAUGGAGGAUUCUUUUUUAACGCGCCUACAAUAAUUACGAUGAUAUUUGAGCUUGUAAAUCAACUAAAUUCAUGUUAUGUAUUCUUUCAUUUUAAUUAUGCUUUAAAAUAUACAAUGUAAAUGUAGAUUUGUGAGAUUAACCUUUUGACCGCCAAAGACGUCAUAUGACGCGCGCGGCUUCAGCCCAAUAUCAACCUACAUGCGUACCAACAAGGUUCACGAUUACGCGCCGCAUACGAUACGCGUGGCGUUCAAAUGGUUAAAACGUGUUAAAAAGAAUUCUCUAAAAGACGAAAAAAUUGUAGAUAUAUUCUUAUUAAAAUGUGAGAUUGGGUGAGUACAAAGACCAGCAUUCCCAGUGGUUGUUUUGCAUGACAUUUCCUUUGAUCCAGAGCUUGAUCUAAAAACGUUUUUUUCAACUUAAUUUGGUGCAUUAGAAUGCUGGUGCUUAGUCGUGAUACGAUUUAUAAUUUCAUUUGUUUCAAUAGCGUUUUUCAGAUCAAGUUACAGUAAAUAUUACAUUGUUAAAUUAAAUAUAUGCCAGCUCAAAUAAUGUUUUAGGAGCCAGAUACUUAUACGGUAUACGUUUAAUGUGCUGCCUUAUUCUGCUUGUUAUUAAUCGUUGUUUAAAUUUAAUUAUAUUCAUAUCAUUGUCAGUAUGGUUCGAUGUACCAUACCACGACGUUAAGCACCCAUAUGUGUUGUGUAUUCGAGAGAGGCAUUUUAGAGUGAGAAGUAACAUCUUAAAUACUGAAGUUAUAGAAAGAGUAUUUGCUUUAAUUUGGGAUUUUUUUGUUUUAGAAUUACUAAUUAUAACCAGCUUAAAAAACUCUCCCGAGUAUGUCAGACUGGUUUUAAGGAACCACGAAAACAAGACAUGUACAAAGUAAUAAUAGACUCUUCAUCAUUAUUGUUGGUCUAAUCUAUCUUAUUUUCGUGGUUCUAAGGAGUGCUAUACCUACUUUAUUAAUUGUGCCUAACAAAUGAACUAAAAUCCAUAUGCAAUGUGGGAUAGACGUGUAAAAGGUUGUGUACAGAAUUAAGUAAUUUAAAAAUUCAUUCCGUUGCUUUUGUUUUGGAGUUCCGAUUUGGUAUUGUAGUGUGAAACGUGUGUUAUGGCCGUAGGGUCCUUUGUACGCGUGGAUUCGGAAGGAAUGUAGUUUUGAGAUCAAAAUAAAACACCUUGGCGCUCUAGUGGAUUGAAUUUUUUAUACUUAUGAAAUAGCGAUCCACUGGACAUGAUUUAUUUGUGUACAGAAACCGAGAACUUAUGAUAUGACUUAGUCAAAAAUCUUAAGUGGACGUAUGCUUUAGGCCAACACCUACCGAUGCCAACUUAUCUCUUUGAACCGAAAAUCCUAAAUAUCAACCUACUACAGAUCCAAGGACUUUUAUCCUGAAAUUGUUUGAAUUAAUGUUAACACUGUUAAAUGCCCGAUAUCUCAGCCCAAAAGGGCGACUCGUUACCGCGAGUCCUGCAGGUUGCCAUAGCAACCUGUCGGACCGACACACGGCGGAGACAACCCUAGCGGCCCUGGACGGAUCUGGUCCUAGCCACGUUAGGACCUAGCUUUCAACCGGGUAUGGUGGGCUUAAAGGGAAUUACUUAACAUGAGCCAAUGCAAUAAAUUCUACACGCAGAUUUCUCUUUUUAUAUUUAACUGUAAUUUAUUUUUACUUUAUGAAUAAAAAUAGUAUACGCCCUCAUGUCAUAAAAAGCGUAAAAGAUUUGAGUUUAUUAAAAAAAUUGUAAAACUGGACUCGAAUAUUUAGAAAUCAGGGUUUUCUUUUGUUUGUGAGCGGAUAUCUUAAAAUUGUUUACAUUCUAGCAUUGCCUAUGUCCAUUGUAUGAAAAUUGUAGACUAUGUUUUUGGUUUCUUACCACGGGUGCUACUUUGCUCGGAGCGGGCUCCUGCACAGGGGAACUACUGCGAACAUCCGUCUCUUUUCAAUAAAGGUGAUGGAAUUUCAAUGUUCGCGGAAGGCCUCCUGACGGCUGUUGAUGUCAGAUGUCAGCCAUAUUUAUUGCUACGUGUGUGUAAGGAUUGAUUACUUCCGUCAACGGUUGUCGGCAGCUUGCCGUCCGUCAUCCUAUAGCUUGUCGUGUUAGAUAGUGCUUAUUAAUAAAUAAAAAACUAAAUCAGUACUCUGUAUCAGAGUCACUGCGUUGCGGCGAUUUGAUUGUACUGAACGAAAUCUCUCUUUAUUAUUAUUAUACAUGUUUUAAUUAUUAUUAAUUGUAAUAUUUGCGUUGACUGUUCGAUACGACGAGGCAGCCGCCAGAGCAAUGCUUUAUUGUAAUAAACAUAUUUUAACAUCGCACAUUAUAAUAAAUUAAUCGAAAUUGAAAA